AUGACACCAUUUAUUAUAUCCGAAGUACUUCGAGAGAUUCUUUUACAUGUUGCAAAUCCUUGCGAACUAUCUGGAGCUUAUCUUCCAGUUAUUUCAAUGUAUUUAAAAUGUCUUGGAGAUCAAGAAAUAAAAUCGCUUUUAAAUCAAGGAAUUGAUAUUUCGUUAAUGUCCGACUAUAAUCAAAUGCAAUUAGGUAUAGAAAAUAAAAAACCUAUGUUUAAUUACCCAGGUUUUCUUCGUAUAUUAUAUUAUGAACAAAUGAUAAGUGCGGUUGAAAACUGGUGCGCCGAAUUAGCCGACAUAAUGGAACAAAAACAACAACCUGAUUGUCAUGAUGAUUUUAUAGAUGAAGAAAAUAAAGUAACGUUGGUUAACAAUGCCGAGGAAAUUAUAAUGAAAACAUUAUUACAACUUUGUAUGAAACAUGGUUCAAGAUUAUAUGGUCUACAUAUAAAUCCUGAUACUUUAGAUAAAUCCAAUGAUGAAAUGUACGAAAUAUUGUUGACUGAUGAUAAUUUGAAAAAUUUGGUCUCUCCUAGUGUCGACUCUUUCGGAGAAGCUAUCACUUCGUUAAUAUCGUCCCAAAACGCUUUGAUAUCGUUCUCCCUGACGUCCUGCAAAGCAUAUACUCGUGUAUUUAUUCCACCACUUAGACUACAUUCAUCUACACUACGUUAUAUAAGGUUCGACAGAGUAAACUUUAAGGGUUGUGAUCCAUGGUAUAGCAUAGCAGAAUGCCGGAAUAUCGAACUUCUUGAAGUAUUUCAGUGCGCGAACUUGGAGGAAGAGAUGGUCGGACCUGUGACAAAAGCAAGAUUUGGAAACCAUUUUGAAGUUAGGUAUGUGAGUGCUCAUAAUAAUAAUAAAACAUUUAGAGAUUGGGCUAAUAAAGUUAGUGGAAGUGUUGUUGGUAACAUAUGCGGCGAGAGGCUAAAUAUUGGAAAUGGGAUUUUGGCCUUGCUAAGUGCAUAA